AUGUCAGAAGAUGCUAAUAAUGUAGUGGACCAAGGAAUUCAUAUUGGUGAUGAUUCUAUUGAGGAAUUUGAUGAAACUGAGUUAGUAACACCGAGUAUUCAGUUUGAUGGUGAUCAACAACCAGACGAGAUCCGUAUUGAUCCAAAAAAGAUUGAAGCCAUAAUUCAGUGGAAAGCAUUGAGGAAUGUGUCAGAAGCCCAUAGUUUUCUUGGUUUAGCUGGUUAUUACCAAAGAUUUGUUAAUGGAUUUUCUAAGAUAGCCUUACCGAUGACAAAGUUGUUGCAAAAGAACGUACAGUUUGUUCGGAACGAGCAGUGCCAAGAAAGUUUUGGGAAACUGAAACAAAUGUUGAUUGAAGCACCAGUUUUAACUUUACCGAAAUCAGGAAAAAGACUUGGUGGUUUACAGUGA